AUGCACAGCAAACUGUUACAGACCAUCAAAAGGCGACAGGUUUCCGAUCUUGCGAAGAAUGGUGCGCCUGUAGGCGGGAUGGAAAGCAAAUAUUCCCUGAAAGCUCAAGGCAUAGGCGGGGGGAGCAUCGGUCAGCGACAGUCGCGGAUAGGAGCGAGGGGAGGGAGUCAGUCACCAGCCAGCUCCCGGGACCCUUUCCGGGGUCCGGCGGGGCUGCCGGAUCCCAGGAACCCGGCAGCCCACCAAGGAGAGAGCGAGAGCGACAACGGUUGCAAGAUCCAGAGAGCCGUGUGCUUCAAGAUCGAGGGGAAUCAAUGCUACCGGGAGAAGAAAUUCCGCGAGGCGAUUGGCAAGUACCACCGGGCGUUACUGCAACUCAAAGGGAUCCGGAUCGGCGAAGCUCGGGGCGAAGACGUGAGCGAUCUGCGCAAAGGACGCGGUAGAUUGACCGAGGAGCAGAACCGACUUAUCGAGAGCACCGAGAUCGACUGCUACGAUAGUUUGGCGGCCUGCCUCCUCCAGUCGGAGCUCGUGAACUAUGAACGGGUGAAGGAGUACUGUCUGAAAAUUCUCGGGAAGCACAAGGACAAUUUCAAAGCCAUGUACAGAGCAGGAAUCGCCUUCUACCACCUUGGCGACUGUGAGAACGCACUGCAGUACCUGAAGGAAGCCAAAGACCGGGAGCCGACAGAUACAAACGUGUUCCGAUAUAUUCAGCUGACGGAGAUCAAGAUGAACCGGUCCAACCAGCGGGAGCAGGAGGGCUACAAGGAGAUGGUCGGCUAA